AUGGGGUCGACGCGCGCGAGCGGUGGGGUCGAGGGACCGAGGAGUCGAUCGCGACGGCAUCGCUCGGUCGCGCGCGCGGGGGCGACGGCGUCGACGGGGGACGCGACGCGCGCCGAGGGCGAGCGCGGGGGCGUCGACGCGCGCGUGGUCGUCUUGGGAGGGACGGGUCGAGUCGGGAGCGCCACGGCGGCGGCGUUGGCGCGCGCCGGGGAGGGGACGACGGUGACGCUCUGCGGGCGGUCGAGCGACGGGGCGAGCGAGGCGAGAUCGAGGCAUCCGUCGCUCGCGAACGCGUCGUUCGUCGAGGUGGACGUGUGCGAUAAAGCGAGCGUGCGACGAGCGAUCGAGGGCGCGGAUCUCGUGAUCAACACGGCGGGACCGUUUCAGCGCAGGACGAGCGUCGCGGCGCUCGAAGCCGCCAUAGAGUGCGGAGUGAAAUACCUGGACGUGUGCGACGACGCGUCUUACGGCGCCGAGGCGAAGAAGUUGAGUGAAAAUGCCAAAGCCGCGGGCGUGGCCGCGAUCACGUGCGCGGGGAUCUACCCAGGCGUGUCCAAUCUCAUGGUUCGCGAUAUCGUCGAGUCCAUGAAGGCUGAGUUUCGCGAGCAGGAAGGAAACGAGAACACUGAUCCGGAAGUGGAGUACGUGUUGUACAACUACUUCACCGCGGGAUCUGGUGGGGUCGGGACGACCAUCUUGGCCACGUCGUAUUUGCUCUGUGGGGAAGAGGUGGUGUGUUGGGAGAAUGACAAGCGCGUCGUCGAAAAGCCGGCCUCGCAGCGCAAGGUGGUCGAUUUCGGUCAGGGUGUCGGGAAGAGAGAGGUUUUCUUGUACAAUCUCCCCGAAGUGGCGUCGACGAGGGAAUAUCUCGGCGCGAGCACGGUGAAGGCGCGAUUCGGUACCUCUCCUGGUCUGUGGAACGGAGCCAUGGUGGCUAUCGCCAAUGUCGUCCCAAAGGCGCUGUUGGAAAAUCAGGACGCAAUGAAGGGCCUGGCCGGGUUCACCGCCCCCAUCGUGCGAGCGGUCGACGCGAUCGUAGGUGAAAAGACAUCCAUUCGCGUCGAGGUGAAGCUCAAGGGAGGCAAGCAAGCGGUUGGAUUGUACACACACCCGCGCCUGAGUGAGUGCGUUGGCACGUGCACUGCGGCUUUUGCCUUGGCAAUGUUGGAAGGUGGGUGUGCGCCCGGGGUAUGGUAUCCCGAAGAGAACGAAGCCAUCGCGGAUCGCGGCGCCCUCUUUGAGCGCGCAAAGGAAGGGACUUCACUGUUCUUGUUAAACCAAGCGCCAUGGAUGGUCGAGUCAAAGGCGAUCAACAUCGGCAUGGGAUUGUACUGGACGUAG